CCCUGAAGGCAUCAUGGAACAACAGGGAAAAAAAAGAGGAAGCGCUCCACGUCGUCUCCUCCUGCAUCUUAGCGGUCCGGUCCGGUCCGGUCGCGUAAUGGUCUCGGUGUGUCCACUCAUUCCGAAAAGCGGAUAACAGUGUCCAUAGUGGCGGGGAAACGGGACUAGGAACAUCGUUUUUACACGGAAAGGACAAACAAUGGAGCUGGAAGACGGAGUAGUGUACCAGGACGACCCGGGGACAUCAGCGAUGAUGUCUGAGCGGGUGUCGGGCCUGGCUAACUCCAUUUACCGCGAGUUCGAACGGCUUAUCGGCAAGUACGACGAGGACGUGGUGAAGGAGCUCAUGCCGCUGGUGGUGGCCGUCUUGGAAAACCUGGACUCGGUGUUCGCGGAGAACCAGGAGCACGAAGUGGAGCUGGAGCUCCUUAAGGAGGACAACGAGCAGCUCAUCACCCAGUACGAGCGGGAGAAAGCACUACGGAAGCACGCAGAGGAGAAGUUCAUUGAGUUUGAGGACACUCAUGAACAAGACAAGAAGGACCUGCAGAACCAUGUGGACAGAAUGGAGUCCCACUCCAGGCAGCUGGAACUCAAGAUCAAGAACUACGCUGACCAGAUCGGCAGGUUAGAAGAGCGCGAGAUGGACCUGAAGAAGGAAUACAACUCCCUCCAUCAGCGCCACACAGAGAUGAUCCAUAAUUAUAUGGAGCACGUGGAGCGCAUCAAAAUGCAGCAGGCGAGUGAGACGUCUGAGCCGAGCAACGUCGCCCGAGUACGGCGAGACCGCCCUCUUUCAUUGGGCAUCUUUCCAACAUCCGCCGGGGCGUCUCUACUGGUUCCAGACACCCAGACCCGUGCGGAGACGCCAAGCACAGAAGGCUGGAGGUUCAACGACACAACACAACCUCGCUCCAACUCAAGCCUCCAGCAGGACUUUGCCUACCCCCCAAAGGAAAGGGAGGGUAAGAGUGUGCAGGACUCUACUUGGGGGAGUUCACUGGCUGACGACUGCAAGGAUGAGAUGUCUGACUUCACCGGCUCUCAGUCGGCCACUCCGAUGUCCACGACAGCUUCGGAUGUGGAGCGGGAGGACGGCACCAGUAAGAGCACGGAGGUGCAAGCUGCUCCAGGGACCAGGUCCAUAUCCGUUGGUCUACCUGAUAACGAGGACAGCUCAGACGUGCAGGACAUCAUCGAGUCCACCCCUGAGCUGGACAUGGAUCUGACUGGCUACAAGGGAUGCAGCACCCCCACCAAAGGCAUUGAGAACAUGGCGUUUGACCGCAACACAGACUCUCUGUUUGCGGAGCUGUCUUCUGCAGGGACAGGUCUCAUCGGGGACGUGGACGAAGGUGCCGACCUGCUGGACCUUAGUUUGAUUGGUAUGGGCCGGGAAGUGGAAAAUCUCAUUCAGGAGAACUCGCAACUGCUUGAGACAAAGAAUGCCCUGAACGUGGUGAAUAAAGACUUGAUACUGAAAGUGGAUGAGCUGACCUGUGAGAAGGAGAUGCUGCAGGGAGAGCUGGAGGCCGUGCUGCAGGCCAAGACCAAGCUGGAGGACAAAAACCGCGAUUUGGAGGAGGAACUGAAAAAAGUACGGGUCGAGAUGGAUGAGGUGCUACAUAAAACAAAAGAAGAAGAAGAUAGCGACGUACCCACGGCCCAAAGGAAACGCUUCACACGAGUGGAAAUGGCUCGAGUGUUGAUGGAAAGGAACCAGUACAAAGAGAGACUGAUGGAACUACAGGAAGCCGUGCGGUGGACAGAGAUGAUCCGGGCCUCAAGAGAGAAUCCAGCUCUAACAGAGAAAAAGAAAUCCAGCAUCUGGCAGUUCUUCAGCAGACUCUUUAGCUCCUCCUCCAGCACCCCUGCCAUCAAGAAGAUGGACUCUCAGUCCAACGUGAAAUACAACACACCGGGCAGCCUGGUGAAACGAAGCAGCACAUUCUCUCAGUUCCCAACGGAGAAGUCCAAAACCUUUGACUUCCUCAAUGAAGACAAAGACCAGUGCAGUUCACCAUCUCGCAAGGAGCAGAAGCGAGCCCAGUACAGACAGGUCAAAGCUCACAUGCAGAAGGACGAUGGAAGAGUCACCGCGCACGGAUGGAGUCUGCCCAGCAAGUACAAGGGGACAAACGGCGGGCAAACGGAGAACAAAAUGAACCUACCCGUGCCCGUAUAUUUGAGACCUUUGGAACAGAAAGAUGCUUCCAUGAAGCUGUGGUGUGCUGCCGGGGUCAACCUUUCCGGGGGCAGGACGUCACCCCCGUUUGAGCUCCCAAAGCAGAUGAAGGGAUCUCAGAGUAGCCUGGACCAUUUGGAGCAAGAAAACAAGAAUCAAGACAAGGAGGAGCUGAUUGUUCAGGAUGAAAUGUCUAGCCGGGUGUGGGUGUGCACCAGCACCCACUCCUCCACCAAGGUGUUAGUGGUGGAUGCUGCUCAGCCGUCAGACCUGAUUGACAGCUUCUACGCUUGCAACACCCACAUCGUCUGCAUCGCCAGCGUGCCAGGUGUGUCGGAGUCAGAUUACCCGGCAGGCGAAGAAGUACCUCAAGACGCGGACGCAAUCCAGGGUGAUGUGGUGUCCCUGGCCGGUAGCGUGGCCAGCGUGGGGUCAACGGGCAGCGACAGCACCUUGGCGGCUGAGGGGACCACCGCCAUACCUCAGACGGCCAGCGUAGGAAUCCUUGACCAGCCGGCGGAGCACAGCGCCAUCUCCAGUUCAGCUGAGCUGUCAAGGCAGACCAGCCCAGCUGAGGUUCCCACUGCGGAAGAAGCAACGGAAGCAACAGAGGCGAAUGCCGGCGUAAGUGACGAGGGAGACGAGGACCAGGAGGUGGAUCAAACCCAGCCCGGAAUCUACACAGAGCAUGUUUUCACUGACCCAUUGGGGGUAGGACCCACUGGGGCAUCUCCUGCCAACAACCAAAGUGACUCUGCGGCAUCCCUGCCAGACGACUCGGACCCUUCAGUUCUGGAGGUCAAGAGGAUGAGCAGUGCCCUCCCCACCAUGUGGCUGGGAGCCCAGAAUGGAUGUCUGUAUGUGCAUUCGUCGGUGGCGCGGUGGAGGAAGUGUCUUCAUGCCAUCAAGCUUAAAGACUCCAUCCUCGGCAUAGUACACGUGAAAGGCAGAGUCCUGGUCGCGCUGGCCGAUGGGACUUUGGCAAUUUUCCACAGAGGUGUUGAGGGGCAGUGGGACCUUACAAAUUACCACCUGCUCGACUUGGGACGGCCCCACCACUCCAUCCGCUGCAUGAGCGUGGUCCACGACAAGGUGUGGUGCGGCUACAGGAACAAGAUCUACGUCAUCCAGCCCAAAGCCAUGAGGAUAGAGAAGUCGUUCGACGCACACCCACGCAAGGAGAGCCAGGUCCGCCAGCUGGCCUGGGUUGGAGACGGUAUCUGGGUGUCCAUCAGACUGGAUUCAACGCUUAGAUUGUUUCACGCUCACACCUACCAGCACCUCCAGGAUGUGGACAUUGAGCCUUACGUCAGCAAGAUGCUCGGUACGGGGAAGCUUGGCUUCUCUUUUGUGAGAAUCACCGCUCUUGUGGUGUCCUGCAGUCGACUCUGGGUGGGGACCGGAAAUGGCGUCAUCAUUUCUAUUCCGUUGUCUGAAGCCAACAAGACGUCAGGAAAUGCACCAAAUAGGCCCGGCGGCGCCGUGCGGGUUUACAGCGACGACGGAGCAGACGGCGUCCUGCCGGCGAGCUUUGUGCCGUACUGCUCCAUGGCCCACGCCCAGCUCUGUUUCCACGGUCAUCGAGAUGCUGUCAAGUUUUUUGUCACCGUGCCAGGUCAGGCAAUGCCGCCUCCAGGGACGGCCGAUUCAGGCUCUGAUGACCCCGCGUCGGAAUCCUCGGACACGGGCUCCUCGGAGCCCAAAACGUACCUGGUGAUGAGUGGAGGGGAGGGCUACAUUGACUUCAGAAUGGGUGACGAAAGCGGAGAGCUGGACGCCGUGUCCGAACCGACGUCCGGCCAGCAGUCGCCGCCAACCAAGGCCGAGCGGAGCCAUCUUAUCGUGUGGCAGGUGGCCACCUCAGUCGAUUGAAGCAUUGCCGGCACGCGGACCGCCAUUUUAGCCCUACCACCACCAUCCCUGGCCCGCAUGCGUGACUUUGUUUUUUUUUAAAUAUUCCUUUAUUCAUUCACUACUUUGUAAAAAAAAAAAAACAUUAUUUUAUAAUUAGCAUUUUUGUACAGUAUAUAUGUUUGCGUCCAAGGAGUUGGAGACACGAGGCUGAGUAGGACAUUUUAAAGACGCCAUUUCAGGCUGGAGGACACUUGAGGCAUUCCUGCAGACGUGGAACAACAAAAAGGGAGACGCAAGUCGUUGACUUUAUCUAAGGUAUUAUUUCAUAUUAUACAUAGGACUUUAACGUUUCCAUAACAUGGUGUCACAGCUCAGGUGUGUGUGUGUGUGUGUGUGUGUGUAUGUUGUCACAUUUCCACCAAGUAGUACAUCUCAGGUCAUUGCAAGAUGUGUUGUGACAAUUGGGUACCGUAAUACCAUUUGGGCAUCCUCUACGACUUUUUAACCAAACUGUACUGCUUGUUUUUUACCAUUCAGGCAGACGUUUGGCCACCCCUGACAAGGUCCAUCAUUUUCAUAAAUAAAUCAGUGGAUGUUUAGGUAUAUUUCAUUUUCAUAUUUCACAGAAAUUAUGGACACAGUAAUAAUUCCCAAAUGGUUUAUUGAAGCGGUUCCCAAACUUUACAAACUCGGGACCCAGUUGAAAAUCGAAAAAAAUGUAAUAAUAAUAAUUAUUAUUAAUAAUACUAUUCAUUCAUUCAUUCAUUCAUUCAUUCAUUUUCUACUGCUUUUCCUCACAAG